AACCUUGGUUGCAAGUUUGUGGUGAUUUCAAAUCAUCGCGUGGUUUAUUAUCUAUGGCAUCUAUAUCUCUAUUAAAUCCGAAAGCAGAGUUCGCAAAGGCUCAGCAUGCAUUCAGUAUCAAUUUGGCCGCUGCAAGAGGACUCUACGACGUUUUGAAAACUAAUCUUGGCCCUAAGGGGACCAUGAAAAUGCUUGUUUCAGGUGCAGGCGAUAUCAAGAUUACCAAAGACGGUAACGUUUUGCUUCACGAAAUGCAAAUACAACAUCCUACUGCGAGUUUGAUUGCGCGUGUAGCAACCGCUCAAGAUGAUAUGACAGGUGAUGGGACAACUUCAAAUGUCCUUCUGAUUGCUGAAUUACUGAAGCAGGCAGAUGUUCAUACUUCUGAAGGACUUCACCCACGUUUGAUCACAGAAGGUUUCGAUAUCGCUGCAAACAAAUGUCUGGAUAUACUGUCCAAGUGUCGGAUCGAUUGCCCGUCAGAAAUGCCAGAUAGGAGCACACUCAUAUUCGUUGCAGCGACAUCCCUCAAUACAAAAGUCCAUUCUGAUUUGGCUAACCUCCUAACUGAGCAUGUUGUAGAUGCAGUAUUAUCAAUCCGGCGACCAAACGAACCUUUAGACUUGCAUCGGGUCGAACUGAUGCAAAUGCAACACAGAACAGAUAUGGAUACAACACUUGUAAAAGGUCUGGUAUUAGAUCAUGGGGGUAGACACCCAGACAUGCCUAAACGUGUAACUAAUGCAUUUAUUUUGACUUGUAACGUCUCCUUCGAAUACGAAAAAACUGAGGUGAAUUCCGGAUUCUUUUACAAGACAGCAGAAGAAAGAGCAGCUCUUGUAAAAUCUGAACGGGAGUUUAUUGACUCAAGAGUUCAGAAAGUGAUUGCUCUGAAAAGAAAAGUAUGUGGUGAGAUUAGUGGUGGUGACAAACCUGGAUUCGUAGUAAUCAAUCAAAAAGGAAUUGACCCAUUUUCGUUAGACGCCUUUGCUCGAGAAGGAAUACUCGCUCUACGUCGUGCUAAAAAACGCAAUAUGGAAAGAGUAACUCUUGCAUGUGGUGGAUAUGCGCUGAACUCAGUCGAUGAAAUGACACCUGAUUGUCUUGGACAUGCCGGCCUGGUUUAUGAAUUUGUUUUGGGCGAAGAUAAAUAUACGUUUAUCGAAGAAUGCAAAAGUCCGCAAUCAGUAACUUUGUUGAUGCGUGGGCCUAAUAAACAUACACUCAACCAAAUCAAAGAUGCGGUUAAUGACGGGCUGCGUGCUAUAAAGAACACCUUAGAAGAUGAGUGUGUCAUUCCAGGAGCAGGAGCUUUUGAAUUAGUUGCUUAUCGCGAGCUAUGCAAAUUUGCACAGUCUGUUAAGGGUCGUGCUCGUCUCGGUGUUCAGGCAUUUGCAGAUGCGUUGCUUGUUAUUCCAAAAGUUUUAGCUAGGAAUGCCGGUCAUGAUGCUCAGGAAACAAUGGUGAAAUUGCUUGAAGAAGCGACUAAGGUGGAUAAUCGUUGCAGCAAUAUUAUCCCCACACAGCUUGUAGGAAUUGAUCUUACUACGGGGGAAGCAAUGAUUCCUGCUCAAGUUGGAGUUUAUGACAACUUCAUUGUGAAAAAGCAAAUAAUUAAUUCCUGGUAAGCUUGUUGAGUCGUAUUUCAUGUUUUGUGGAUAAACAUCUGUUUAACCAUUUUUUUUACUGAUCAGUAAUUUUAUUUUUUAAUUAUUUAAAUACUCAACGAGUUUCAACUAAAACAGUAUGCUCACUCCAUAUAGUAUUUUGAGUUGUUCACUUGUUUGCAAAAUAACUGGUCAUCGAUAGCUAGUAAAUUCAAAGUUCAGUUAUAGAUAGAUAUUUCAAAACCGGCUAAAAUUAUCUGAUCUCGCUAGAAAACAAUGGAAGUUGAAUUAUUUUCUGAAAGUUUGAAAGCUAAGAAAGAAUAGUUGUGUAGCACAUUCAUUUUGUUCUUAAGUAAAAACGCUCGAAAUACUUUCAACGGCUGUUACUCCAAAAUUUGUUUGUAGGUUGGGUUAGGGAUGUAGUGCUAGGUAAAAAUGGCAAGUCGAUUAAUGAAGUAGUAAGUCUUCAUUAAUUGUGGUGGUUGAGAAAUGCUUCACGUAUGCCCAACCACAGUCCACCUCGACGAGCAAUGUUGUCUGGUAUAGGAUUAGAUUAGAAGAAAGUUAGGAGCGAUCAAACCAGGACGUAGCACCAGUCCGUAGUCUUUGAUAGUUGUACCGAGCCAUCUUAACAGGUGUAGACUACCUGGUUUUAGUCCACGUGAUUACCGUAACCAAUGGUUAGAGGUUCUCAAUGACAUGACUCGAAAUUGAUUCUAAUGGUGCACGUGCAUCCAUUCUUUGUCUUCCCUCAAAAUAUGAGAUCUUAAAUUCCUCAUAAUCUUAUUAUUUUACUGACUCAUAUUUUCUUGAAUCGUACCUUCUAUGUCUGUUGUUUUCUUAUACCACUGAAACUAUAUAUUUACUAAGCGAUUUUCCCUAAAAAUUUAAUCUAUUUAUACCAAUGGUGUAUGACAACUGGAGCUGAUGUAACAGGUACUACGUUUAUUUUGACUCACUAACUCCUUGCAUAAAAAUGAUCCCGAUUUCAAUCCAGUUCUAGUCAUCAAAUAAUAAUCACUAUCCGUCUGAAACUAUAGUUCAACUACUUAUCCCAUCGUUAGUACUGUGAUGCUAGUUUUUAAUUCGUUAAGUAUUGUUGACACUAUCUUCGUCUGUCUCCCUAGAGAAUGAUCUCUUUGGAGAUUUUCCUACUAAAAAUACUAAAGGAAGAUGGCAAAUGGGUUGAUGAAGUAGUGAAUCUUUAUGGAAUGAGGUGAUUGAAAUGUGUACCAUAUAUACCCAACCGUCAUCUACUCCGGCGCACCUGUUAGAUGGUUUAGAAGUAGUUUGAAAGGCAGUUAGAGAUGGACAAACGAAGAUGUGAGAUUAGUCCAUGACAUCAUUGUCUGUUGGACUGGAGUGUGUUGAUAGAUUCCACUUGGAAAUCACAAUGAGUGAUUGUAGAUGUUGAGUAACAAUUGUCAGAAUCAGUGUCGCAGAUACAUCCACUUUUUGCUGAGCUUAUCAAUUGUUUUAUUACUUGAAUCCAUUCUUCACUAGUCGUUUUUAAGCCUCAUCUUUUUAUUACUGUUUGUACAACUUCGGUUGAUUCAUGUCCACAUCCCUAACAACUGACUGGAUCUUCAUAAAAUAUGUAAUUGCGCUGACCGCUGCUAAUAACUUAUUUGUAACUACGUCUUUUACCACAUUCACCUGAACCGGUCAUCCAAACAGAUAUAUUUAUCGGGCCGAUCGAUUUAAUGUAUGAAGUCAUAACAUUCGUCAAGCAAAUGUGGACCUUUUAAGCUACGGUCAUAGUCUAAUCCUCCACAAAAAUUCAAAUUGUUUACUCCUAUCUCAUCCUCAAAAGCCUUGCAGUAUACUAAUUCCUGUUUUAUUAAUCUAUACAUGUGGAUUAGACUAACAGCAAAAAGCCUUACCAUAAUACUUUGAAAAGUACACUAGCUUGCAGUUCAGUGUUUAUAUCUUUCUUUUCAGUUCUGUUAUUGCCUCCAACAUAUUGCUUGUUGACGAGAUAAUGCGAGCCGGAAUGAGUUCUCUCAAAGGUUAAAUUCUUGUAUUUGUGAAUUCAUUAAUUAUAUUUGUUGAUGUCUAUUUGUGUUGUCCUUAAACUACUUAUCAAUUUUUAAUGCAACCUUUUCUGCAAAACUG